CUAUAACGCGGCGUUUCCCUAGCUCGAUAUGCUAGGUGUGCAGGCUUGGAUGUAGUGGACUUUGAAGAGCGGCCUAGGACUUGGAGGUUGUAGUUUCGGAGGUUGUGACUCUUUCGUGGUGAGGCGUCAGCGUGAGGGGGGCGGGCCCUCUCGCCCUAGUCACCUUGCCCCGUUAAUCCAUGCCAGGCCCUAUGGGCCGGCGUUGUAAUUAUUAUUAUUAUUCCCCCUAUACCAUAAGAAGAAGAAUAAUAGAAACCGGACUUAGCCGUGCGGGCGAUCCUCCGGGGCCGGGGCAGGGGCGGGGCCCCGGGCGUGAGGGACCCAGCUUUGUUGUGAGGCAGAGAAUGGGCAAGAAAGUGUAUGGAGCGAAAGGGAAGAACGGCGGCAAGCAUGCGGCUGAGGCCAAGUCGCCCGGCUGCGGUUACGUGGUGCAGCCAGCCCCGCAGCUGCUGCGGGCCAUGGUGAACCCGCGCGCUCUGCGCACCAGCAAGGUGCCUCGCUGUGUACCAACUGGCGGGGAAUUGGGCGAGCGGGCAUGCGGGGCCUGGAGCAGCAACACGGUGAACGGCGAGUCACUGCCUCCAGUGCAGCGACCUGCACCGGCGGCUGUCAAGGCGCAGCAGGCCGUGCUGGCCAAGAUGCGAGCACAGCUGUGGCGCCGGGCGCACCCAUCCGCUGUCCACCAGCACAACCUCAGCGUCAUCAACGCCUGGUCGGAGCAAGUGGCCACGAUGCCAGUCGUGGAUGCUACCUUCGGCUUUGAGCCGGCGGAGGCACCGGCGGAGGCACCGGUGGUGGCGGCGGAGGAGGUGGUGUUGAUGGAGGAGGAUGUAGUGCUGGAGGUGGCGGCGGCCGAUGUGCAGGCAGCAGAGGAGGCGCGCUGGCGGCCCCGCCCUCCUGUCCCCGCCGACAGCCGGUGGGGUGGCCGCUUCGACGUGCUCGGGCGUCUGCAGGGCAGCGGCGACUGGGCGGACCUGGCCAUUGAUGAGCAGGACACGGCAGUGGGUGCGAGCGCGGACUCAGGCACGGGGCCGGAGGCGGAAGCGGAUGUGGAUGAUCAGGCUGCAGUAGUGGGCGGCAAGGCAGAUGCUGCCAUGGCAGAGGACAUCGCGCUGCCAGCUGCAUGUGCCGGCAAGUUGUCAGCAGGUCGCACGGCCGCCAAGGCAGUUGAGCUCCCAUACAACCUGCGGAAGCCGCUCCACAAGCAGCGCGACCUGCAGCGCCGUGCACGGGAGAAGAAGCGGCUGCUCAAGCAGCCGCUGGAGCAGUGGGAGAUGGACGCCUGCCAGUCAGGCCGGCCUGGACAGCAGAAGCCGCAGAAGCAGCCGCAGCACCAGCAGAAGCAGCGGCGGCAAAAGCAAGCGGCCGGCGGGGAGGGCAAGGGUGAGGCGGCCAAGUCAGUGCAGGACCGCCGGCAGCACAUCAAGCGGCUUGCGCGGCGGCUCUACCACCGGGUUGCACUCAAGCAGACGGCUGCGGCACGUGCUGCCAGCGAGGCACAACGGGCGAAGAUGCGGGCGGUGCAGGCAGACAUGGCGCGCGCACGCGCACAGGCGGAGGCACUGCUUGACUCAGCCCGUAAGCAUGGAUGGCUGAGUCCCUGGCGUGACUACAGCGUCCGCACCAAGGCCAGCGGCAUGUAUGUGUUAGAGGAACUCACCGCCGUCAUGCUGGAGGUGUGCCCGUCCCUGGCAAGGGUCGCUUGUGCUCGCGCAAGGGCGCAUGCCAGGGCCCAAGCAGUGCGCCGGCUCCACCGCUCAGCAGCGGCGCGAUUUACCAUGUGCACCAAGCCUUCGGCAAAGUCAUGGCAGCGGAAGGCACUAUGGACGCAAGCCCCAAUUCUGGCUCUUCAGAUCAUGGCGCUCAGCGCUUCCCGCUGGCGCUGAAGCUCAGUGGCCUGCAAGAUGUGUAUGAGUUUUACCAUCAAUGCAUGACAACUGCAGCUACCAUGGCCAUUGGAACUGUCUCCUGGUUUGCCACACAGCUAUACGCGCUUCCUGAUGAAUACUCACAGCCGACACCAGCUAUCCAUGUGGAUCCAUCCAGCGGUAUUGCUAUGGCACCCCAGCUGAUGUGUCGGCAUUGUUCGAAGGCCAUCAUGCUGACUGGGUCGAACAUUGUUGCUUCCAACUGCAAAGAGUGGCAGCACACAAGGCCCUGCAUGCCCCCUCCACCUCCACCCCCCCCUAUGGUUCCACCCUGUGCUCCCCUACCUCCAGCGGUCCCAAACCCCAGCAGCACCACGCCAUCAUGUGCCACCAGUGAGCCCACACGGCCUGCCACAUCUAUGAGCAGACUUGAUGGUAGAUCAAGUAGCACCUUGGACCCAGCACAUAUUGCGUCCAUCAUGCGGCAGGCCCAGGACUUGUCAGAGCAUCACACCACCCCUCCACCUUCUUUCGUGUGGCGUGACCAAGCCGCUCAUGGCCGGUCUGAAAUUUUGGGCGCCCAAGUCCAUGGCGGAAGUGGGGCACAUGCCUUGCCAACCAUCCGGGAUUUUCCAUCGCACGUGAUGGGUGCGGCUGCUGGGGCAUCUGGCUCAGGCGCUCCUUGGGGCAGUUUGGGCCAGUCCACCAUCCUGGCAACACCUACAACAGAACUUAUUGGCGGCACUAAUACCAUCUCUGACAGCAUGCUUUGCGAGCUUGGACGCCAAAUGAUGAGCAUGUGUUGUAAUUUGCUUGGGUCUGCUGGCAGUGGUGGAGUGGCUGCUUUAAGCGCACGGCAGCUUGGUGUAACAACUGUGGAGGCGCUUUCUAAUCAGGCAAUGGAGUCCUUUAUUGACGAGGAUGCUGGUAUUGAUGGUGUUGGCAGCGAAAGCGACGAUGAGGAUGAUGGCAGCGACAACACUGGUGGCGGGCUGGCGGCUGCCACGGCUGUCGCUGACACUGGUGCUGCUGCAGCAGCUGGCGCAGCACCUUCGGCUGGAUUGAUGGAUGCUACUGCGCAAGCCGUGUCUGGCACGCACAGUCAGCUGUCCCCACUGAAUGCGGUUGCGGCAGUGUUGUCAAUCCCUAAAAUACGGAAUGUGGCCACAGCAGUGGUUCACGCAGCGGCCCAGACUGAGGUGGAGGCGGCGGGGCCAGCCAUCAUCAUGCACGGGGCCAGUGCCACUCUUCAGCCAGAUGCUGCCGAGCGCCAGUUGCUGCAGUCGCAGUCUGGCUGGUCUGCUGUUGUUGUAUCUGCCCAGCCAAUAAUGGAUAACAAGUUGCCAGUUGCUUAUCUGGAGGCUUUGAAGGACAAGGCUGCUCGGGCACCAGACCAGACUGCCAUCCUGCAGGCAGCACGGCUUCAGGGCCCACGUGUGACCAAGGGACGUGGCCAGCUUCGACAUCAUAUUGGCAGGGCUGAUAUUGCUCAGCUUAUGGCCGCAACAGAAAAUCUGGAAAUUUGGGCAAGGCUAAACUCAAGUGUUCUUGCUCAGGUUGCGUGGGCAGACUCGUAAGUAACCUGCAGAAUGAGUGUGCCGCUGCAUGGACUGUUAACCAUACUGUGUGAUGCAGGAUCCUGGGCACCUGGAUUCAGCAUAAUCAUGGCCAGCAUGGUGACAUUUUCAUUGGUUGGGACAAGCGUGGCCUACACUAUCGAGCAUUGUUGGCUUUCCUUGUAAACAUUGCAGACCUUAAGAGUGUGCGGUCUGGGGCAAUCCCCCAGUCACCCAGUGAGCCGGUUGAGGGCUACUGUGUGAGCACUACUCUGGUUGGGUUUCUGCGGUGCCUAGAUAUACUGCACCGGCUGCGCGGCUUCACCAUGUGUCCAAAUGUACGGCGAGGGCUACGGGAGUACGUCCUGCGAGUGCUGCGUAAAAUGGUGAGCCCUAGGUCUUUAAACUGCUGAGGGGAUUGUCGCCUGACCCCAUGUGAUUCAUACGCAGUAUCCUCAUGUCAUACGGACUGCAAAGCCGGUUCUUCCAACGGUACUUGCUGACAUGCAGCAUGUUAGCGAGCUGAAGCCUAUGAAGGCAUCUUUGGACCAUAACACACACAUCCGUUACAUGGCAGACUACAGUCAUAAGUGGGCAACCAUCCGCAUGAUGGUUCACAUGGCGUGGGCUGGACGUCGAAUGGGGCAUGUGAUGAGGCUUAAGCUUGGGGACUUGCAGUUUCAGUACUGCUCCUCAUGUACUGUCAGCACUUCCAGCACGGCAACAUCAUCAUGGUACCUGAAGCUGCGCAUUGCAUUUGCCAAGAACAAGUGUACUGAUGGCAGCUUUCAGAGUGUCAUACUAAACUCAGAGCAUUAUCAGGACAGCAUGUUGCAGCAGGAAUUUGAUGAGCGAUUCAAGUCUGACCUUGUGUUGCAGCUGCACCAUUAUGUGUACAUGCAGAAUGGUUUUAUCCAUGGAACAUGGCGUGAUUGCCUACGUUGUCCAAGCAUGCAGCUGAUGUGUGUCGAGCUGCCACUCUUCCGCCAGCUCAGUGAUCAUGGCGUGCCAUCCUUUGAACCCGUGCCGCUGCAUAUUGCCCAGGAGCUGUUCUCCAUCAUAGCGUUCGCUGCAGGUUACAGGGGCAUGACAGCACAUGGUAGGGAAUGCAAUGCUACUAAUCAUGUCACAAGAACCAUGAACACCAAGCCUUUGUUGCUUGCAGGAUGCCGCAGUGGUGUUUUGCACGAUGAGAUGCUCCGAACCUAUGUU